GGCUGAAACAUUUUGCAAAUCCGGAGGAGCGAGGGAGUUUUCUUUGAUCAGCGCUUUUAAUUAAGAGCAAAGCAAUAGCUAUGAACCUCAUAACUGCAUCAAAUCCUUCUCUGUAACCAUUCCUUCUCCCGUCACUCCUAAACCCUAGUCCAUCCGAAUCGGUCUCUUAGCUCUGUCAUACGUAGAUUUCAGUGACAGCAAAGUAUUCGUUUCACGACUGAUCGGUUCUCUGUUUAACCAAUCUAGUGAAUGCAAUGGUGGUCUGCAAAUGCCGGAAGGCUACAAAGUUGUACUGCUUCGUGCACAAGGUCCCGGUUUGUGGGGAAUGCAUAUGCUUCCCGGAGCACCAAAUAUGUGUGGUUCGGACCUAUGCAGAAUGGGUUGUAGAUGGAGAAUAUGACUGGCCUCCAAAGUGUUGUUCAUGUCAAAGUGUGCUUGAAGAGGGGACUGGUUCUCAAACCACCCGUUUGGGCUGUUUGCAUGUUACACAUACAAAUUGUUUGGUUUCACAUAUUAAAAGCUUUCCUCCACACACGGCUCCAGCUGGAUAUGUGUGUCCUUCAUGUUCAACUUCGAUAUGGCCCCCUAAGACCGUUAAAGAUUCAGGAUCUCGACUUCAUUCAAAGCUGAAGGAAGCAAUUAUGCAGACUGGUAUGGAAAAGAACUUGUUCGGAAAUCAUCCAGUUUCAUUGCCGUCAGCAGAAUCCCUUGCACCACCUCCUGCAUUUGCCUCAGAUCCUCUGGUUUCCGCGUCUUCUAAUGGCGGUGGGGAAGACAAUGUGAGCUCAUCUUAUUUGAUGGCAAAAGAUGAAACAAACACUAGCCAAGGAUACUCAGCUGCGACCGAAGCAGGUUCUUUUAAACUUUCAGUGAAGGAUAUUGUGGAGAUAGAUGGGCCUAGUUCUGCAGGGGAUUAUGCUAAAAAUUCUAGUCCUGUUGGUCCUGGUGCAACAACACGAAAGGGUGCAUUCCAUGUAGACAGGCAGAAUUCUGAAAUCUCUUACUAUGAAGAUGAUGAAGAUGGGAGUCAUAAGAAGUACUCUAGGAGGGGUCCUUUCCGCCAUAAGUUCCUCAGAGCUUUGCUUCCUUUUUGGUCCAGUGCACUUCCAAUAUUACCAGUGACUGCACCACCUCCACGUAAAGAUGGGGAUGAUGCCGCAGAAGGUCGAGUACGGCAUCAAAGACCAUCAAGAAUGGAUCCUAGAAAAAUCCUUCUCUUCAUAGCGAUCAUGGCCUGCAUGGCAACAAUGGGUAUAUUGUAUUACAGACUUGCACAACGUGGUUUUGGGGAGGAUCAACCUGGAGAUGAGCAGCAGCAGUAAUAAUCCUGAAAGUUGAGUCGGUGCUGGUAUUUACUACUCCCUUGAAUGCAGACCUGCGGUUUGCUUUUGCAUCUUCCAGGUUCUUGUUUUGUUCAUCUCUUGUUUGGAUCUCUGUUUUCAUUUCUGCCAAAUCAAACAAGUGGAUGGGUGAUCCCCGCCUUGAUUUUAGGGGCUUCUGACAGUGAGACAUUGUAAGCUUUUUUCUUGGGUGUUUGCAGUGUUGUUGACUGCAUUUUUUAGCAUUUUCUUUUGGUGGUGAAAUGGAGAAUCAAUUGAAGGAAAAUGAUGUAUUUAAAGUUCACUAUUCUGUAAUCUUCAUCGAUAAUGAUAACAAAAAUACACAUGGAUUGGAUCUUGAAUUUGGUUCUGCUUUCCUGCAUAUAUCAAAAGUUUGAUGUUAGAUGAA